GAGCUGAAACACCCAAACGUGGUGUUCUAUGGAAGAGCGGGACUAUUUGAGGACACGAAGGAACAUGGAAUGCCGACUGCCGCCGACCGGGAAGUUCAGGUUUUCUUGUUGACGCUAAUGGUGAUUUAUCUUUACCCUCAGGUCACGUCGGCGUGUCAUUUCUCCAAGAGCUUGGUGCAUCAUGAUAUCAAUCCGGUAUAUAUCAACUUGGACACAGAACAAUUCCCACCUUGGGGCCCACCCCGGGCACCCCGGGCGAACGUCCCUUACGUGGAAGUGGAAGCGAACAGCUCUGCGAUCCCGGAUCCCAUAAUUUGAUGGUUUCCUACUUCCGGGCAGAACUCCCACAUUCGGCAUGUCGUUUCCUGUUCCUGACCACGUUCGCCAAGGAAAUGACCAUCAGAGAAUCUGAUCACAUAAGUACAAGGAAAGGAAAGGAUUCACUCAGUGCUCGUGGAGAAUUGUGGCUGUUAUCAUGAUAGCGGGGACACGGUAAGAAAUAUGGAAUGUCUAACAAGUUCAAUCGUACAGUUUCAAGUCCCGACUUUACCGCCAUAUCCCCCUUCAAGACCUCCAAGUA